UUUUUUUUUUUUCUUACAAAGAUAUAAGCAUUUAGGGAAAUGAAUAAAGGCCAACCUAAAAAAUUUAACUUUGGUUUUGGAAAUAAAAAAACGACAUCCGCGUCGAAUGAAAGUAAACGAAAGGCUACUGAAGUAUUGGGAGAGGAAUCAAUCAAGAAAUCUAGAUCCAAUACUGUGCUUCAUGAUGACGAAGAUGAUUUUUUAGCAAGUGCCGGGAUUGCUAAAGAAUCUUUAGAGAAACCAGCUCAAAGUGAUCAAAAAGAAAAAGAAGAAGAGGAAGAGGAGGAUCCAUUAGAUGCUUUUAUGGCUGACAUAAGUGAACAAGCAAAAACACAAAAAGUAGAACCAAAAAUUCGUAGAGAUGAUAUUGAAGAUGAAGAUGAAUUAGAAAGUUAUGUACGUCACAUGAAAGAAAAGGGCAUCAGUGUAGGUGUUGCUAACCAACCAAUGCCCGAAUAUGAUGAGAAUGCAAAUUCAGAUGAUGAAGUCUAUGCUACAGCUGCAGCUAUUGAUGCACAACUCUCUGAUAACGAUGAAGACUUUACAACACAAGCUAACAUAAAAAAGGAGAUUGAGCCUUUACCACGUGUAGAUCAUGACAGUAUCAAUUAUAUUGAGAUUGAAAAAUACUUUUAUGAGGAACAUCCUGACAUUGCUGCACUUGAUGACGCUCGUGUUCAGCAAAUUCGUAAAGAAAUGGGUGUUCAAGUUACAGGACAUGAUGUAGCUAAACCCUGUAUCUCCUUUGGACAUUUUGGGUUUGAUGAAGAUUUGAUGAAUGCAAUUGUAAAAGCAGGAUAUACAGAACCUUCAGUUAUCCAACGACAAUCAAUCCCUGUUGCUUUGGAAGGUAGAGAUAUUAUUGGUAUUGCCAAGACAGGUUCGGGUAAGACAGCUGCCUUUGUGUUGCCUAUGUUGAUACAUAUUAUGGAUCAAGAGGAACUUGUUAAGGGGGAUGGGCCAAUUGGUUUAAUCUUGGCUCCUACACGUGAAUUAGCAAUACAGAUUUAUCAAGAGACACGAAAAUUUGCAAAAGCCUAUGGACUGAAAGUUGCUGCUGUAUAUGGUGGUGCUUCGAAAUUAGAACAGUUUAAAGACCUGCGUAGUGGAACAGUUGAGAUAUUGGUAGCUACUCCAGGUCGUUUAAUUGAUAUGAUUAAGAUGAAGGCAACCAAUUUAAGACGCGUGAGUUAUCUUGUUUUGGAUGAAGCAGAUCGUAUGUUUGACCUUGGCUUUGAACCACAGGUUAGAUCCAUUUGUGACAAUGUUAGACCUGAUAGACAAACUUUACUCUUCAGUGCAACAUUUCAAAAGCGUAUAGAAGCAUUAGCUAGAAAUGUGACCACAGAUCCCGUUCGUAUUCAUGUAGGUACAACAGGACAAGCUAAUGAAGAUAUUACACAAAUCGUGCAUGUAUUCGAACAAGAUGAAGAUAAAUGGAACUGGCUUCUUAGACAUUUACCUGGAUUCUGCGUUGAUGGUAGUGUAAUCAUAUUUGUUGGUAGAAAAGAUGCUGCUAAUAUGUUAUCCAAUAAUUUAAAUCAAUGCAAUUUUGCAUGUGUUGCUUUACAUGGUGAUUUACAGCAAUUUGAAAGAGAACAGGUCCUUCGUGAUUUCAAAGUUGAGAAAGUAAAAAUAUUAGUAGCAACAGAUGUAGCAGCAAGAGGUUUAGAUAUUAAAGCAGUGAAAAAUGUUGUGAAUUAUGAUAUUGCACGCGAUAUUGAUUCGCAUAUUCAUCGUGUGGGUCGAACAGGACGUGCUGGAGAAAAAGGUACAGCCACUACUUUAAUAACUCAAAAAGAAGAUCGAUUUGCAGGUGAAUUAGUAAAGCAUUUAGAGGCUUCAGGACAGCCUGUUUCUCCUGAAUUAAUGAGUCUAGCGAUGAAAAAUCCAAGAUUUAGAGAUUCAAGGAAUAGAAGAGGUGGUCGAGGUGGUUUUAGAGGAAGAGGUCGAGGAAGAGGUAGAGAUAGAGAUAGAGGUCGAAAGAGUGGAGGUAAAUAUAGAUUAGAACUAAUUGACAAAAAUCCUAAUUUUAUAUAAAAUGAAUAGAUAUUAUAUCUUCUUUAAAUAAAGAGCCUAUCCGAUUUCAAAGGUCAAGUACAGAUAGCUUAGGUAUUCAAUCAUCAACAUCGACACAACAAAGAAGGAGUCGAUGGCAAUAAAUAUUAUUAUGUUUUGAAUAAAUUUAUUUGAACAGAAUUAGUAGCAGUAUUUUUUUUUCUUUGCAUAGCAAAAUAAUUAACUCCGUAGCCAAUAUAAAUUAUUCUUCAUUCUUUUCGUCUCCUCCCUUCCCUCCCUCCCCCCCCUUUUUUUUUUCUUAUUAAAGUUUAUUUGUAAAAUGCCAAAUGAGCCCAUCUUGAUUUC